AUGUCAAGACAACAGCAAAAUCAAGUUACGAUCAUCAGGGAUUUGCUGAGGGCGGUACAAGACUUGGGUAGGCAACAAGCACAGGCUGGUCCUCAUGGUGCAAACGCUAACAACAUCAGCUCAAUUGUGGAACAGUUCCGUCGCUACAAACCCCCAACCUUCGAUGGCAAGGCAGACUCAUUAGCAGCCGAAAAAUGGAUAAGAGGAAUGAAGCGAAUCUUCAAAUAUCUAUCUUGCACUGAUGCUCAAAAGGUGUUAUGCGGAGAAUUCAUGUUAGUUGACGCUGCAGGCCACCGGUGGGAGUUAGCAUCUCACACUAGAACAGAAGCACAACAACGUGCUCUGACGUGGACACAAUUUAAGGACGAAGUUGGAAAUAGACGAAACUCCCCAACAAGGGUCGAGUUUUCAGGAAAGAGGAAAUGGAAUGUGUCCAACAAAGAGAAAGGAGAAGAACAGAACAAGAAGGCUAAUUUCGAACCAGUUCUUGGACAAGUCGUCCUACCUUGUCCAAAGUGCAAGAAAAUGCAUAGAGGUGAAUGUCUGUAUGGGAAGCAUAUGUGCUAUAGAUGCGGUAAAAUCGGGCAUAUUUCCAAAAAUUGCAAAGAGGACCUUUUGAAGAAGAAUGAUGAGUCAGAACGGAAGGGAAAUGCCAGAGUUUUUACUUUAGCCCAAGGACAGGCCACGGAACACGGAAGAUCCUAG